AUGGACCCAACAUCUUCUAGCGCACUCUCAGAGAAACGGGAACAUUACCGCGCGCAAGUGGUGACCUCCCUCCAAGAGGACGCCGACCCACUCGCCGCCUACGAUAGCUUUGUGAGAUGGACGCAAGAGAAUUAUCCUGGGGCGGAUGUUGCGCAUUCUGGGCUGAUCGAGCUGCUUGAGGAGGCGACAAGGCAGUUCAAGGACGACGCGGCAUACAAGGGAGAUUUGAGAUAUCUCAAGCUAUGGUCGCUGUAUGCCAGUCAUGUCGAAGACCCGACCAUCAUUUACGCAUUCAUUCUAGCUAACGACAUCGGUACCGUGUAUGCACAGACGUACCAGGAGUACGCGAACGCGUUGGAGACUGCCGGCAGACGAGCAGACGCCGAUAAUGUCUACCGGAAGGGUAUCGACCGGCGUGCACGGCCGAUAGAACCGCUCAAGAGGCGAUACGAGGAUUUCAAGAAACGUGCAGGUGCUCCCGUCCCUCAUCGCGGAACCUCCACGUCCAUUUGGAAGUCUGCACAACCAGAAACCCAAACCCUCCGCCGCAACCCGCUGAAGAACUAUACACCCACACCGUCUAUUCCUCCAUCUUACACUCCACGAGCCUCUACUUCCCAACAUGCGCAUGACCGCUACGCACCCAUGCUGGCCCCACCUGUCCCGGGCAAGCGCCCCGAGAAGCUGCGCUUCAAUCUUUCCCUACUCUUCACCGAGGAAGGCACCGAAUACAGUAUGCAAGAGGCGCGUGCGCGCUCCAUGGGCCUUCUAGGCAAGAAAUGGGGACCGCCUCCCCCGCCGGAGGGCGCGCUGCUGCGCGUCAACUUCAACGACGACGGCGCCAAGAGCACGCGCACGCUUAUGCGCAAGGGCUAUGCUGCAGGGGAGCCGACGGUCACCCUUGCGACGAAGGAGGCCCUCGCGGAUGUGUUUGGCAUGUACAACUCACCAGAGAAGUCGAUGCGCUUCGGCGCGGUAGCGGGCAGCAAGCAUGCGCCUGUGCGCAGGAUCGACGCUGUCACGCCCAUGUCACUGCAGAGCCAGUUUCGAGCUGUGAGCAACGAGAAUGCGAUACAUGCGAAGACACCGACGGCGUUCCGGCCGUUUGUAGAUGAGCCUCCGAGAAGGAAAGAAAACAACACACCAGCUCCCCCGUCGAAGUCGAAGGUGGCAAUAGACCCAGAGCAGCCCAGUAAACUACCCGUGCUCACGCCCAACCUCAGACGAGCUUUGUCCAUCAAAGAAAGCACGACACCGGCUGCUCCCGCACCCCAAACUGAUGAGAAUGCGCACCGCCAGAGACCACAGAUCAGCCUCAAGCCUAUCACCGAUGAGGCGAAACCAGCCAUGGUGUUCUCAACUGUGUUCACUCCGGUAUCAGUGGUGCCCAAGGACAAGCCACCUGCACGAUGGGACGUAUUCACUGAUGAUCAAGCCCGAGCUAGCACCUCACCGAUGGAAACCAUAAGUGUUUUCAGCUCGUCGACUGCAAAGCCUAAGGUGCAGCCGCCUGUUCCUAUCGUGCCAUACAUGGAUGAGCCCCCCAUGAAGGUGUUCAGUCGCCCUCAGUCCCGGGGUGAGAACCUCCCCCCGGCGCAAAGUAGCACCUUCAAGCCUUAUGUGGAUAGCGCCGAGUUGAGCAGACCCCCUGCCUCAUCGUUUGCACGUCCAGUGCUCGGUGAACGUAUGCCUCUUCGAGCGUUCACUCCUGAAGUGCAUUCCACGUCGGAUGACGAUGAACAGAUUGCCCAGGAGGUUUACACAGAGACCGACGACGACGAAUAUGAGGACGAGUAUGAGGAUCUGCCUGAGGAAUAUGAUGACCCGCCUGAGGAAUAUGACCGCACGCCCGCCCAGAUAGAAGAGGACAGCAUGUACGAGGACCAGGAUCCAAACGAGGCACCUUCGCAUCGUGUCCCGCUCGGGGGGCGGUUCGGCCAGUUCAACGUCAUGACGCCCAUCACAGAGCGGACGUUCGAGUUCACCGUGAGUACGCGAGCAUCGGGCACACCGAACGGCCUGAUGGACGGGAUGAUGGCGCGUCGCGACGCCGUGGAGACUGCGGAACAGCUCGCAGCUGAGUUGCGCCAGGACGAUCUGCGACAGGGAGAGGAGUACGACGAGGAGGAAGCGGUUGCCGUGCUUGAAGAAGAGACAGGCACUCUCAGUCUGUCGGAUGCGCUCACUGCUGCGAUGUCGUUCAGGCCGCCAAACCCUUGCAAUCCAUUUGACCCGCCGACAGUCACGAAGCUGCUAUCGCUCAUCUCGCCCGAUCACGAGUUUCACGACUUACGGCAGCAGGAUGCCCAGAAGCUGGACACAAUGGAGAAGUUCGCCAAGAAGAAGUCAAGGCGGACAAGCGGGAACACGACGUCACGUAUCCUCGAGGACGGCGAGACUUUGCAACUCAACCUCUUUGAUCGUCAAUUCGCCGUCGUGGACAAACUGGGAGAGGGAGGCUUUGGUGCAGUCUUCGGGGCCGUGGACCUUGACUUGGCUGCCCGCAAAGAGGAGGACGAAGGAGACGAUGACAAUGACGACGAUGACGAGCUGGACAAGUGCAAGAUCGCGCUGAAGGUCGUUAAGCCCCGCAAUCUUUGGGAAUUCCAUGUUCUCCGCAGGAUACACCGGACUCUACCGCCACAUCUCAGACAAUCCGUAGUUGUGCCACAGGCGUUGUACGCAUUCCGUGACGAGAGUUUCCUCAUCCUCGAACUGUGCAGACAGGGUACGCUCUUGGACAUCGUCAACCGCGCUGGGCAGGCAGGCAUCACACAGCAAGGGGCAUGCCUGGACGAGCUACUGGUCAUCUUCUUCGCCAUCGAGCUCAUGCGCCUCCUCGAGGGCAUGCACAGGGCGGGAUUUAUCCACGGCGACGUCAAGAUCGACAACUGCCUGCUGCGCCUGGAGGACGUACCAGGCCCGCCUUCGGCAUGGACGAGCGAGUACCAGCCGUCGGGCGACGGCGGGUGGCGGCACAAGGGGAUCAAGAUGAUCGACUUUGGGCGCACGAUCGACACGCGGCUCUUUCCCGCGGGCCAGCGGUACGUCGCGGAGUGGCCGACAGACGCGCGGGACUGCCUUGAGAUGCGCGAGGGCCGCCCGUGGACGUUCCAGCCGGACUACUUUGGGCUCGCGGGCAUUAUCUACUGCAUGUUGUACGGCAAGUACAUCGAGGCGGCCUCGGUCGUGUCCGCGUCCGACCCCGCGUCCGACGGGAAGCAGCGGUUCAGACUCGCGACGCCCUUCAAGCGCUACUGGCAGGUGAACUUGUGGACACGAUUGUUUGACCUCCUGCUGAACUCAACCCUUGUGCAUCCCGAUGGGCAUCUGCCCGUCUGUGACGAGCUGGCGGAGUUGCGGGUGGAGAUGGAGACGUGGCUCCAGGCGAAUUGCAAUCGCGCGAGUAAUAGCCUGAAAGGCCUGCUGAAGAAGAUCGGUAUAGCGAUCCUAGGGGGAGGCCGAUGA